ACAGUAAACGUUCGCCGAAAGCGAGAUCCCCACAGUGGAACCACACUUUCAAAGCGGCACGCGAAGACCAUAUAAAUAUUGCUUCUGUGACCUUCAUCCUCCAUCCCUUACACGAUACACCUGCUGCUACUGCGAACACAUACCCAUUCUCAUAACAUCUUAAUCGAAUAUCUGCUGGCUCAGAUGACUCAAUCUCCCUCACAUCCCUCAUUGCACGGUUCCGACUCUUCCAAUGCAAACCAGGACACCCCAAACACUGGCAUGCAUAUGGGUCAAUUUCCCUGGCCCCAUCCCGCACACAUGCAUCAUCCAGGCUAUGCCCCCGCACCCCCCUGCUUCCCGUACGGUGUCCCUCCCCCAUACGCGCAUGCUGGAGUUGUGCAUCACGCGCCCCAAGCGGGACAACAUGGUCAAUUCCCUCCUGCGGUGACCCACGUUUCGCAUGCCACUCAUGUUGGCCCACCGUUAACUACUGCCGCUUUUCCUCCACAACACCCAUCCGCGCCCCCCAUGUACCAUCAACCCUUCCCGUCGGGGCAUUUUCCAGGAGUCACGACCUCCUAUGCAACUCACACAUCGUACCACCCAUACUCCCAAGACCGUAACGUCAAGCGAAUUGAAAUGGGCUCCGACGAGAUAGAGGACGACCCGCUCUUUGAACCCAUGUUAGAUCAACAUGGUCAACACGAUGGGAGAUAUGUGUGUUUAAAGGAUGGCAUGCUCAUCCGUCCUGCAAGUUACAAACGCCAUCUCAAGACAGAAAAACAUCUUGGUUACAAACCAACGGAAUUCACAUGCCCUCGUUGUCUGCACACUUAUACCCGACGUGAUGCCUGCAAGAGGCAUUGGGAGGACAGUUGUGGAAAGCUAGUAGCUAAUGGUCGGCUAUCCUAUGCAGCUGCUUGCCGAGCUUUCACGAGUUUGAAUUCUGCUUUAGCUCCUGCGUCGUUCAUGCCCCCUUUACCCGCGACCACCACGACGACGUCCCAUAGCUCACCACCCGAGAUCAUCCCGACAAACGCCACAAACCCUUAUUCCUGGGCAGCUAGUGACAUACAGGACCCUCCUUUGGUGGCACCUGUACUUCCCCCAUCCGAAGGGCAGGACAUUGCACUUGCAGAGGUCCACGAUACUUUGGCGGCUGAUGCGAUGCAAGAAAACCCUUUGGUGACACCCGUGCUUCCCCCAUCUGAAGUACGAGAGAUUACACUCGCAGAGGUUCGCGGAUGCAUUCCCUUUUGGAGGUGGAUUAAUGACACGGAGGGCCUGGUGGAUCCCCUCCCUCCCAUCACUGAGCCUCCAUCCUCUCGCCUGCCAGAGGGCAUGCUCGUAGACGCCGCCGAAGACCCGGAUGUUUGGCGCCUCAUUAAUGAGAUAGACAACUUUGUAGAUCCCGAAAUUCCUCUCUCCGAGUCUUCCACAGACGCUGCCGAAGACCCUGAUUUUUGCAACUUUCCAAUCAGGACCCUUUUGGUAUGCUCUUGGCUAGACAAUUCUUACGGGAGUGAUCUACACCAACGAUCUCCCUCUGAAUUACCACCUCUCUCUUCUGCCCCCGUCGACCAUGAGAUGUAGAGUUCAUUUCAUAUUUACCAACUAUCUACUAUUCUUUCCAUGUCUUGCUACUUCCUGUCGCCGAUUCACGUAUAGCACCACACAUUCUUUUCAUUCUCCCUCGCAUAACACACCACUUCUCGUUCAUUUCUUUACCAACUAUUCACUAUCCUUUCCUUGCUUUGCUUCUUGCUGUCGCCUAUUCACGUAUAGCACUACACGCUCUUUUCCUACUGUAUGGCA